AUGAACACUUUGGCCACAGAGGAUGUGGAGCGCAUUGAGGUGGAUCACAUCGCGUGGAUAAUAGCCACUGGCAGUGGAGAAAACUCCAAGGUUACUGAGUACCUCAUUGCCCAGCACAGCAUCACCAAGAUGUUGCACAGCUGCAUCAAGCUCAUUUUGGAGUAUGUUGAAGCAUUGGAAGCAGGAGAAGUGCCCUUCAACCGCAUGAUCCUGCACGAGGCCUGUGUGCUAUGCCACUGCCUGCCGAUGCUGAGCACAGACAAGUUCAAGACAGAUUUCUAUGCUCAAUGCCUGGGCCUGAUGACCUACCAGGGCACUAUCACCAAGACCUGCCACACCAUGAACCAGUUUGUGAACAAAUUCAACAUCCUCUAUGAACCGAAGGGCAUUGGCCGCAUGUUCCUCUCCCUUUCCUCUUGCACUGACAUUCUUGCGUGUGACAAUAUGGAGAGACCAGAGGAGGGCAGCCAGAGUCCGGCCUGA